GACGCUUCUUCAGGAACAACAACACGUCUACUCUUUCAACCACCUCGGUAGCCUGCUAGCCAACAUAAAACUGGAAGAGUGUCGCUUUAGACCAUGUUAAUGUACAUUAUGUAAUCUCAGUGUUGUAAACGCAGUUCAGUUGACGUAUUAACUGGUUAACUUGAACCUAAUUUGCAUGUUCAAUUUGCAAACUUGUUAAAGAUUGUUGCUGAGCCUAGUACUAGGCUAGUCGCUAAUGCUAGCUAGCUAGCUAGCUAACAUCCCUGACCAUGAGCUCACUAAACUACUCCUCCCCUGCUAAAGAAGAGGAGGUCUGCUGGACGGAGAAAGAAGCUCUGGCGAUGAACAUUGUCGUGAAAGACGAAGAGGAGGAUAUUACUGUGAAAGGAGAGGAAGAACCUUUCAGAAUUAAAAAGGAGGAAGAGGAUGCUGUCUCAAUAAAGUUGAAGAAGGAAGACGUUUUGGGAGUGAAAGAGGAGGAGGCAGAAUAUCAGAUUAACACCAGAGAGAGACAUGACUAUGGUGGAUCCUCUGGGGAGACUCAACAACAUCCUGAUGCUGACGAGGCAGAGAAGAGUCUCUCCAGAUCAGAACACCAGAUGGACAACGCUAGCCCUUCCUCCCUCCCUGAGUCCCUGUAUUGUGCGUCUCCCGGUAGCUCCUUACUGCUGGGUAUGAAGAGGUUGUCUGUGCUGCUGGUGGACUGCAGGAAAACAACAGGGCUGAGUGGAACUGUGAGAGGAGGAGCAGAGAAGAACGGAUCAGAUUUGACACAUCAAAGAGGAAAACCGAACUUGGAGGAACCAGAGACGUCCAAACCAGCAAGACGACACCUCUGCUCCCAGAUUGGAAAGAGUUUUACCAAGUUAGGAAGCCUGAACAGACAUGAGAGGGGACACACAGAACCGAAGCCACAAAAUUGUGCCCAGUGUGGAAAGAGUUUUAGCCACUUAGGAAAUCUGAAAGCUCAUGAGCGAACACACACGCGGGAGAGGCCUUUCCAUUGCUCCCAGUGUGGAAAGAAUUUUAAGCGGUUAGACACUCUCAAAACCCAUGAGCAAAUACACACAGGGGAGAAGCCAUACCAUUGUUCUCAGUGUGGAAAUAGCUUUAGCCAGUCAGGAAGCCUGAAAGUUCAUAAGCGAAUACAUACAGGGGAGAAGUCAUACCUUUGCGCCCAGUGUGGAAAGAGUUUUAGCCAGUCAGGAAGCCUGAAGGAACACAUGAGACUGCACACAAGGGAGAAGCCUUACUACUGCUCACAUUGUGGGAAGAGUUUUAACCAUUUAGUUAGCAUGAAAAGACAUGAGAGGAUACACACAGGAGCGAAGCCACACCCGUGCUCCCAGUGUGGAAAGAGUUUUAAGCGGUUAGACACCCUCAAAGCUCAUGAGCAAAUACACACAGGGGAGACACCAUACCAUUGCGCCCAGUGUGGAAAUAGUUUUAGCCAGUCAGGAAGCCUGAAAGUUCAUGAGAGAACACACACAGGGGAGAAGCCAUACAAUUGUAGCCAGUGUGGAAAGAGUUUUAGCCUUUUAGAAAGCCUGAGAGUUCAUGAGCGAAUACACACAGGGGAGAAGCCUUACCACUGCUCCCAGUGUUCAAAGUGUUUUACCCAUUUAGGAAGCCUGAAGGAACACAUGAGACUGCACACAGGGGAGAAGCCUUACAAAUGUUCAGACUGUGGGAAGACAUAUUACUCAUCACAGACACUUAAAAGUCAUGUGAGAAUCCACACAGGAGAGAAUACUUCCUAUGGCGCUUUCUGGUACUUAGAAAGACAACGCAAACGGGAAGUUAACAAAGACAAUCACAAACUAAGAGAACUAGGUGACAUUCUUCUCGAACUGGAGUGUGCUAAAGUAGAAGGAUUCAUCAGGAACCAGGCGAAAAUUAGAAAUGACCCCAGCUUCACCCUCUACACCUCAACUAACCAGGUGUCCAUGAAAAGUGAGAAACCUGCCAGGUACAGCAGCAAGACACCUGUGACUGUAUACAAGACAGAUGUGUCAUCUGAGGCCUCAGACCACCAAACCAAACCCAACGAUAGGAUGGAGAUUCCCUCCCCCGACAUUGCGUAUCAUCAUCCUCAUCUGCAACCAGUUAUGGACAGAAUUCCAGCUGUGGACCCAGACGCUCCCAUCCUCCUGCUCUUAGGACGAGACAUCUUAAGGGUACACAAGGUAAAAGAGAACUACAACAGCGUAGCUCAGAAACACAUCUCUCCCUCUACAGUGCACUCGAGAGAUCCAAUCACAACUGUGAACACAGACAGCCUGGGAUGUUCCGUGUUCGACAAAACACAAGACGAUGAUAAACCAGCACCAUCAGUGGAGGACAAAGACUUCUUGGACAUUAUGGACAAACAGGUUUUCCAGGAUGAUGGAAACAACUGGGUGGCUCCACUACCCUUUCGCCCCACUAGACGUCGCCUUCCUAAUAACAGGGAGCAGGCCAUGAACCGUCUCACAUCACUUCGCAGGACUUUAGACAAAAAGCCUGACAUGAAGCGUCAUUUUAUUGACUUCAUGCAAAAGAUGCUGGAUAACGACCAAGCCGAACCUUCACAGCCACUAGAGGGAGACGAAGAACGUUGGUAUCUGCCCAUAUUUGGUGUUUACCAUCCACAAAAGCCUGAACAAAUACGAGUAGUAUUUGACUCCAGUGCUAAGUGUCAAGGCGUGUCACUUAACGAUGUUCUGCUCAGUGGUCCAGACUUAAACAACACACUCUUGGGUGUCCUAAUGAGUUUCCGCAAGGAUUGCAAUGCACUAACAGCAGAUGUGCAGCAAAUGUUUUACAGUUUUGGUGUACGUGAGGAUCACAGAGAUUACUUAAGGUUUCUCUGGUAUGAAGACAACAACCCAGAUAGAAACAUAACAGAGUACAGGAUGAAAGUCCAUGUAUUUGGGAACAGCCCUUCACCAGCCGUAGCCAUCUACUGCAUGAGACGAGCAGCGCUACAGGGUGAGAAGGAACACGGGUCAGAACCCAAGCAAUAUGUAGUGAGGAACUUCUACGUCGAUGAUGGUCUGACAUCAGUAGCUACUACAGAAGAAGCUAUCAAUAUUCUAAGAAAAACACAAGCAAUGUUGGCGGAGUCCAACAUGAAACUACACAAGAUUGCAUCCAAUAGCAAAACAGUUAUGGAAGCCUUCCCUAUGGAGGACCGUGCAAAAGACUUAAAAGAUCUGGCUUUAGGAGUGGAUCCUCUCCCCUUUCAACGGAGUCUUGGACUUUCCUGGAACCUGGAAACAGACAGCUUCUCAUUCCAGGUGUCCCACAAUGAGAAGCCUUUUACUCGGAGAGGCAUCCUGUCCACACCAGCAGAUGGCGAUGAGCGUAUUUCAGAUGAUGCUUCUUGUGUGACGUAUAAUGGCCUGGACGGGACGCUUCUUCAGGAACAACAACACGGCUACUAUUUCGCCAACUCUUUCAACCACCUCGAAUGCAAACUAACAUCACUGACCAUGAGCUCACUAAACUACUCAUCCCCUGCUAAAGAAGAUGAGGUCUGCUGUUUGGAGAAAGAAGCUCUGGGACUGAACAUUGUCGUGAAAGACGAAGAAGAGGAUGAUAUUACAGUGAAAGGAGAGAAAGACGCUCUGGCGCUGAACAUUGUCGUGAAAGAAGAAGAGGAGGAUAUUACAGUGAAAGGAGAGAAAGAAUCGUUCAGAAUGAAAAUGGAGGAAGAGGAGGCUGUUAUAGUGAAGGAAGAGAAAGAACCGUUUCGAGAGGAAGAGGAUGCUGUCUCAAUAAAGGUGAAGGAGGAAGACGUUUUGGGAGUGAAAGAGGAGGAGACAGAAUAUCUGAUUAACACCAGAGAGAGACGUGACUAUCCUGGAUCCUCUGCGGACCCUCAACAACAUCCUGAUGCUGACGAGACAGAGAAGAGUCUCUCCAGAUCAGAACACCAGAUGGACAACGCUAACCCUUCCUCCCUCCUGGAGUCCCCGUGUCGAGCCUCUCCCAGUAGCACCUUACUGCUGGGUAUGAAGAGGUUGUCUGUGCUGCUGGUGGACUGCAGGAAAACAACGGGGCUGAGUGGAACUGUGAGAGGAGGAGAAGAGAAGAAAGGAUCAGGAUCAAAUUUGACUCAUCAAAGAGAAAGACCAGACUCAGAGGAACCAGAGCCAGUGAAGUCCAAACCAGCAAGACAACAUCUCUGCUCCCAGUGUGGAAAGAGUUUUAACCAGAAAGAGCACCUGAAAAAACAUGAGAGAAUACACACGGGGGAGAAGCCGUACCACUGCUCCCAGUGUGGAAAGAGUUUUACCCAGAAAAGCAACCUGAAAAAACACGAGAGCAUACACACAGGGGAGAAGCCUUUCCAAUGCUCCCAGUGUGGAAAGAGUUCUGCUCACUUAUGUAAACUGAAAACACAUCAGAGAAUACACACGGGGGAGAAGCCUUACCACUGUUCCCAGUGUGGAAAGAGUUUUGCCCACUUAUGUAACCUGAAAUCGCAUGAGAGAGUACACACAGGAGAGAAGCCUUACCCCUGCUCCCAGUGUGGAAAGCGUUUUACCCACUCAUGUAACCUGAAAACACAUGAGAUAUUACACACAGGGGAGAAGCCUUACCCCUGCUCCCAGUGUGGAAAGAGUUUUGCCCACUUAUGUAAACUGAAAAUACAUCAAAGAAUACACACAGGCGAGAAGCCUUACCACUGCUCCCAGUGUGGAAGGAGUUUUACCCACUUAUGUAACCUGAAAAGACAUGAAAGAUUACACACAGUCUGAACAGUAGAACAUUGGAUAGAUGUAGGCUGAACACUUUUAGAGAAAAAAGUCCUCUAUCCUAGGGGGUAGAACAGCUUUAAUAUUGAACUUAGAUUGUAGCUUCAAUGUAAUUGUCUACUUCAUUUCUAAUCCCCCAUAUAUGUUUUUGUGUAUAUAUAUAAUAUGUGUGUGUAUGUAAAUACUGAACAGAAAUAUAAACACAAAAUGCAACAAUUUCAAACAUUUUUACUGAGUUAAAGUUCAUAUUAAGGAAAUCAGUCAAUCUAAAUAAAUUCAUUAGAGGCCUAAUCUGUGUUUUUCACAUGGCUGGGAAUACAGAUAUGCAUCCGUUGGUCACAGAUACCUUGAAGAAAUGGUAGGGGCACGAUCAGAAAACCAGUCAGUAUCUGAUGUGACCACCAUUUGCCUAUAGUUGAUUGUGGCCUGUGGAUUGUUGUCCCAAUCCUGAGUAAAAUGAUCUGUUUAAGUCAUUAGUAAUAUAUAUAAGGUCUCUUACAAAACAUUUCUGCAGCAUUGAAGGCCCCUGAUUUAGCCCCCUGCAGUAAAAGGGUAAAAUUAUCUGUUUAAGUCAUUAGUAAAGGGCACAUCGUUAAAAGACUACAAUUAUAUUUUGUUGCAUGUUCUAUAUCCUGUCAAUCAUUUAUUCCUUCGUAAACAGAAGACAUGUGUACCUAAACACAACAUGUGUACCUAAACA